GUAUGAAUUUGUUUUGCCGAAGACUGAUCCGUCGAGGACUUUGAACAACUCUUCCCAAUUUCAUAUUUUUUCUUCAAGUAAUGGACAUUUGAUUACUAUUUUUGCCUCCAGUUUGUUCCCGAAGGAAAGGCUAGCAUUUAGCUAUCACAGCCCCACCCAUAAGAAGUCUUUCAGUUAAAAUUAAAACCAUGAAGGUUGACGACAUAAACUUGAUGAAAUGAGAGCAAUAAGUGCCUGAAAAGCACAUCAUAAUAGACCUGAGACGCUGAGGAUCUAUAGUAUCAAUAUGUGUGUUUCAGACAUGGCGGGAGGACCAGUAGACCCCAGGGAGAUUCUGAAAGGUGUGGAGGCUCUGCUCGGAAAGGAUGGAGAACUUCGCAGCCUGGAGGGGGUCCCAGAGGUGUUCAGUCUGAUGAAAUCUUCCACUAAGAUGGUCAGCAGAUGUAUGUACCUGAACAUCCUGCUGCAGACAAAGUCCCACGAUGUUCUUAACAGGUUUAUCAGAGUCGGUGGUUACAGGCUGCUCAACUCCUGGCUCACCUACUCCAAAACCACCAACAAUACCCCUCUGCUGCAACUUAUCCUGCUCACACUGCAGAAGCUGCCUCUGAAGGUCGACCACCUCAAACAGAACAACACAGCCAAACUGGUAAAGCAGCUGAGUAAAAGCGCAGAAACUGAAGACCUCAGGAAGCUGGCGGCCAUACUCGUAGAUGGUUGGAUGGCUACGAUUCGUUCCCAGAGUGUGUCAAGCAGCAGCAGCUCUCCUGCUGAUAAAAAGAAGAAGAAGGAGGAGAGCAAGGUGCCAGUGAGGGAUGUGAAGGAAAAGAGUGGAGAUGAGGAGAAGAAGAAGGAGAAACCCAAAGCUCACGCUCCGAGCCACACUAAGAUCCGCUCCAUAGGACUAGAGAUGGACGCUCCCAACCCCGUCCCAGCAAAAAAGACCCCCUCUGCCCCCCAGCUGGGUGACAAGUACAAUAUAAAGCCCCCCGUUUUGAAGAGGCCCAGCAGCGCCGGACCUUCAGACGCUCCUCCUCUGGAGAAGAAAUACAAACCUCUGAACACGCCGUCAAAUUCUGCCAAAGAAAUCAAAGUCAAACUCAUUCCAGCACCACCCAUGGAGGCCACCGGGUUCCUUGAUGCCCUGAAUUCUGCUCCAGUUCCUGGGAUCAAGAUCAAGAAGAAGAAAGCAAGUGCUGCUGCUCCUGCCAACACCAAGGCUGUUUCACCCACAUCUAACAAGGCGAGUCCGUUUGACACCAAACCUGCUUCGUACUCUUCAUCCUCUGCUAAACCAUCAUCACCAGAAAGUGCUGCUUCCUCGGCUCCUGCAGAUGAAAACCAGGAGCCGGAGCAGCCUGGGACCCCGGUUCCCUCUGAAGACCCAGAAGCUGCUGACAGUGGUGAGAAGCCCAACGCCCUGGCAGAACCUCGAGGAGAAGAAGAGAACCUCACCAAGAAGGGCAAGAAAAAGAAAACUGUUCACUGGGCGGAGGAGGAGCAGCUCAAACACUACUUCUACUUUGAUCUAGAUGAGACAGAGAGAGUCAACGUCAACAAGAUCAAAGACUUUGGUGAAGCUGCCAAACGAGAGCUGAUGAUGGACAGACACACGUUUGAGAUGGCUCGCCGGCUGUCACAUGACACCAUGGAAGAACGGGUGCCCUGGACCCCCCCGAGACCGCUGACCCUGCCCGGCGGUCUCGGGGUCACCCCUGGAACUAACAGCACAGAGAAGCUGACCCAGAGAGACCGAGAGAAGGGCAUCCUGCAGGAGAUCUUCCUCAACAAGGAAAGUGUUCCCGAUAGUCCACAUGAACCAGAUCCAGAACCAUAUGAGCCCAUGCCCCCACGUCUCAUCCCUCUGGACGAAGAAUUCUCUAAUCUGGAUGAUGACUACCCUGAGCCCAUGGACACCACAUCGCAGCAGGACCCGACCCAGACAGAGAGCUCCAAGCUGCCCCCCGUCCUGGCCAAUCUCAUGGGGAACCUCAGCAACACCUCACGUAGCCCACAAGCCCCCAGCAAUGUGAGCAAUCCGGUUCCUCCACCAGUCAACGUCCAAGAGCUGCUUUCAUCCAUCAUGGGGGCCUCUGGGAACCAGUCUACGGAGGACCUGAUCAAGCAGCCCAACUUCUCAGACAAGAUAAAGCAGCUCCUGGGCUCCCUCCAGCAAUCCCCGAACCAGACCGGACCCCCACCAGUCAACCAGGGACUUCUGGGACACAACCCCGCCAUGAAUGCCAUGAACACCAUGAACAACAUGCACAUGCAGAUGCCCAUGAACGGCGGCUACCCACCCAAUGGUGCACCUGGCGGUCCCCGCUUCAACCACCCCCCACCCCCCCACGGCCAUGGUCCACCUUCAAACCCCGGUGGAGGUCCCCGCAUGAUGAGCCCACCGCCGGGUCAGGGCAGAGGAGAAAACGGCAACUACUGGGGAGAUGACUCAAUGAGGGGGGGACCACACAGAGGGGGGCAUUUCCACCGAGGAGGGCGGGGUCGAGGAGGAGAACCGGGCUUUAGGGGCCGAGGACGAGGAGGACCAAGAGGAGGGCACAACAACGUGAACGACAUGUCCAAGAGGCCGGUGUGUCGACACUUCAUGAUGAAGGGAAGCUGCCGGUACGAGAGCAAAUGUGCUUUCUACCACCCUGGCGUUAACGGACCACCGCUGCCCCCCAACUUCCCUGCUAACCAAUACAACCAGCACCCCCAGUAUGGACACUAGGUGGCGAGCUACCACCUUCUUGAACAGAUUCUGGUCCGAUCGGAUCCGAGGGUUCAGAGUUCCUCUGAGACAACAGGACUUUUUAUGCGGAUUAGUUUUAACAGUGAGACAGAAACAAGCCGCCCGUCACUGAUGUCCUCAGAACCCAGACUCCUCUAAGCCAGAUGUGAUGCUGCUGUCCGACCCGGAUGGAGACCCCACCCCCUCACACCAUGACUGAUGGGAUACAGUCCUGUCCCGGUUCUGAAACAACAGCAUCAUCUUUGUGCCGUGUAAUUUUCCACCAUGACGAACUCUGAGCUGACCAGGAAGCUCUGACGGGUUUUUCUUCAGCAGCAUGAAGUGGAUGUGAGGAGCUGAUGAAGCUCAGACUUCAGCUGAGAGGGAGACAAUCAUGAUGUGAUCAGCUGAUCUCAGAGCUGCUGCCUGUCACUCUUAUGUGAACCCAGGAAGGGUUUGUGUUGUCAGUGUUUGAUGAUGAUGAGUGUUUUCUGUGAAAACAUUUUUCUGUCUCCUGUGGGACUGUAAGAAUGUAAUGUUUCUUGUUGUUCCCUCCACCUUUUCGUUUCUUAUUUAAUACAUUCUUUGAGUUUGGACCAGUUUAAACUGGUUUGUAUAAAUCUAGAACAACAUUCAUGUAAAUUCAUUUUCAGUUCAGUUAUUUUCUACACAGCGUAUUGAAUAAAUGUCUAAAUACA